CAUUCCCUUGAGACGUUCGAACUGCUAUCUACCGGCUCUGAGAGAGCAGUUCGUUCCCCAAGAUGUCCGCUGCGGGUCCUCUGGCUGUACUGAAGGAGCUGCCGACGCCAUACGUCCUCACACUCCUUGCUGUAUUCUCUUACUUGCUGUAUCUCCAGGUGACCCGCCGGUCGCAUCUCAGGUUGCCUCCCGGUCCCCGUGGACUACCCUUCAUCGGCAAUGCGCUGCAAAUUCCGCCCGAGCGUGCAUGGGUCACCUUCGCAAAGUGGUCUGAGACAUAUGGUGGCAUUAUGCAUCUGUCGGCCCUCGGGAAGCCGACGAUAGUGCUCAGUUCUCCCGAAAUCGUCAACGAGCUGCUCGAGAAACGGAGCGCGAUAUACUCGGACAGGCCCGUCCAGACGAUGACCAGUGAACUGAUGGGAUACGGGCCGUUCCUGCCAGUAUGUGCAUACGGGAGCUGGCACAGGGAAGGUCGCAGGAUCAUGGCGGGCGCGCUGAGUGCGAGCAAGAUGGCGGACAUCCGCCAGCUCCAGAUGCAGAAGACGAGCCGACUCCUGACGAAGUUGUUGAACAAUCCCGAGGACCUCUGGUCUCAUAUGCGAUGGUUCAUCGCGAGUAUCUCUUUCGGCGUCAGCCACGGAUACAACGUGGAGAGCCUCGAGGACCCGCUGGUCCGGCUGGCUGAGCGGGCGAAUCUUGAGUACUGCUUGGCGGCUGUACCGGGGGCGUUCUUGGUCGAUGUGAUACCUGCAUUGCAAUACGUGCCUGACUGGUUCCCGGGUGCUGGCUGGAAGCAAAAGCUCAAGGCGUGGCGUGGGACUACGGAUCGUCUGAGGGACGAGCCGUUUGAGUACGUAAAAGAACAAGUGGCGAAAGGUACAGCCCAGCCCUCGGUUACGGCAAGCCUCAUCGAAGAGAAUCCGAACCGGAGUGAGGAGGAAGAACGGCUGUUCAGAUACAUGUCGAGUUCAAUCUAUUCCGCUGGUGCAGACACGACCGUUUCCGCGAUCGAGUCCUUCUUCAUGGCCAUGAUGUUAUACCCAGAGGUCCAGCGCAAAGCGCAACUUGAGCUCGACACAGUACUCGGGCCUGGCCAUAUCGCGAACUGGGAUGACCUCCAUAGAUUGACAUAUAUUCAAGCUCUGAUAUAUGAGAUCUACCGAUGGAACCCGGUGGCUCCUAUAGCACUGCCGCACAGGGUGACGCAAGACGACGUCUACGAAGGAUGCCACAUUCCCGCGGGAGCUACGAUUGUGGUCAAUAACUGGGCAAUUCUGCACGACGCCGCUCUGUAUCCUGAACCCUUCGAGUUUAAACCGGAGCGGUACUUGGAUUCCAAGGCAACCGGACUAAACCCGGAUCCUCGUCAGUUCGCCUUCGGAUACGGCCGACGAGUGUGCCCGGGCAAAACUCUUGCUGAGGACUCAGUCUUCAUAGCUGUGACAUCGACUCUCGCGUUGUUCGAAAUAUCCAAAGUGCUUGAUGCCAAUGGUGCACCUAUCGAACCUGACUCGACAUUCGAUGGCUUUAUCUCGCACCCGCCUCGCUUCAGCGCUCGUGUGACUCCUCGUUUCCCCAACGUCGAGCGGAUGAUUCCCGCAGCAUAAGGCUCGUUACUAUAACCAUGUUUCGUUCUAAGUUAUCUUGCGCUUGUAGUGGUUGUGAUCCGUAUGUAUUUGACUGAGCGGUUGAGGAAACGAGCGAGACAUCAUGUUGUGAGUUCCGAUGUUUACACUUCGAUGUCAAUUCCAGACCAUUCGUUCCUUCUGUAUAUGUAGUUCUGACAUGCACUGUCUUCCGGCUACUCAAGAACUGUCCGGAGGCCAAAGAACUCGGUCGGUCGCCAUGCUUGGCAGCAAUUUGUGCGUCGUGCGAUGCGUCGCUGGUGCGGAGGUUGAGCGGGAUAAGGAGAUCAGGACGUUUCGCAUUGUUCUCGUCUAACUUAGAACCCAAUGUACUUCCUACCUACUCCGCUCUGCUAUGAUGUUCCCCAAGGCUUUCCUGCUAUUGUGC